AUGUCUGUGAAGGAAUCCACCGACCAACUGGUGGACCCGGAGCUUCGUGCCCAUCUGUUCGACAUCGAUCUCCUAGCUCACUGUUACGCAGCUGGAAAUUGGGCCGAUACUGUAGCCACGUCGAAAGCUCUACGGACCAUUCACAGAGCGCUCGAGCGCAGUCUUCUGAAGAUGAGUCGACAAAACAACACCUCGUCGGACUUCGCAGUACGGAUUUGA